GAGCGCGCUGUGACGAUCCGGACACGCCAUGCAGGACUGAUUCCGCGUCGGGGGAUUCACGCUGGAUGCGGCUCGAUCGGGGAUUUGCUCACCUCGGAGGAGUCGCACAUUUGCCGGCAGAUAGUCGGCUGUACCUAUUAAUCCUGUCUCACGUUCGAUUAACCCGCGAUAGAAAGUUUUCCGUUUUGUUUUGUCGGUGAACUUUUUUUUUGCACUAUUUUGCGUGCUCGUGUACCGAGGGAGUGUGCUUGAUUUAAGGGAUCUCAGAAGUUAAAGUUGCCUGUUGUUGUCGUGGGGCUGAGUCUUCUGCAGGAAUGUCGCAGAAAGAGAGACCCACUUUCUACCGACAGGAUCUCAACAAAACCGAAUGGGAGGUCCCACAGCGCUACCAGAAUCUGUUCCCAGUCGGUUCUGGUGCUUAUGGAUCUGUAUGCUCAGCCUUUGACGUGAAGAUGGACCUGAAGGUCGCUGUGAAGAAGCUGUCCCGCCCCUUCCAGUCUAUCGUCCACGCCAAGCGGACCUAUCGGGAGUUGCGGCUCCUCAAGCACAUGAAGCACGAAAAUGUCAUUGGCCUGCUGGACGUCUUCACUCCCAGCACCAGCCUCGAGGAGUUCAAUGACGUGUACCUGGUGACCCACCUGAUGGGGGCUGAUCUGAACAACAUUGUCAAGUGUCAGAAGCUCACCGACGACCACGUCCAGUUCCUCAUCUAUCAGAUACUGCGGGGAUUAAAGUACAUCCACUCAGCGGACAUCAUUCACAGAGACCUGAAGCCCAGCAACCUGGCUGUGAACGAGGACUGUGAGCUGAAGAUCCUGGACUUUGGUCUGGCUCGACAGACUGACGACGAGAUGACCGGCUACGUGGCUACCAGGUGGUACCGGGCUCCAGAGAUCAUGCUCAACUGGAUGCACUACAACAUGACAGUGGAUAUCUGGUCAGUGGGUUGCAUCAUGGCUGAGCUGCUCACCGGCCGGGCGCUCUUCCCUGGAACAGACCAUAUAAACCAGCUGCAGCAGAUAAUGCGGCUGACGGGGACGCCGCCGGCCUCGCUAAUAAGCAGGAUGCCGAGCUACGAGGCCAGAAAUUACAUCAACUCCCUACCUUACAUGCCCAAGAGGAACUUUGCUGACGUGUUUAUCGGGGCCAAUCCCCAGGCUGUGGACCUGCUGGAGAAGAUGCUGGUCUUGGACACGGACAAGCGCAUCACAGCGGCAGAGGCUCUGGCACAUCCGUACUUCACCCAGUACCACGAUCCAGAGGAUGAACCCGACGCUGAGGCCUAUGACCAGAGCUUCGAGAGCCGCGACCUGCUCAUUGAUGAAUGGAAACAGUUGACCUACGAGGAGGUAUUGAGCUUCGUGCCCCCAGUGUUCGAUGAGGACGACGUGAUGGAGGCAUGAGUACCGAAGAUGAUUUCUCCACAGAUGGGCGUUGUUCAAUACCCCAGUCCCGCCCACGCUCCCUCUCCAGCCCCACACACACCCAGUGGCAGAGGGCCUGUUCCUCAUUGGACCUUUUCAGGGUGAUACAUUCAAGUGCCUGUCGUCAUUAAUUCUUUUAUUCUUCCAUGAGUUCCUGGGGCAGACGCAACUCUUUCCGCAAAUUCUUGAUUCUGCUCAUAACACACCUUGGACAAAAUGCUCCUAUCUGCCUCAAGACAGAGACUGGUGACAGGAAUCCAUCACAAUACCUUCAUGACAUCGGCAUAACGUAUAAUAAUGUUUCCCUGAAUCUGUUGAGAGCCUGAUACCUUGUGAAUCUGAUCAUGUUUUACUUGGAAAGAUAACUGGUCUGACUUAUGAUGUAAUUUACGUGGUGUUAUUUGGGCAUUACGAUGAUUGCGUCAAACUCGCAAAAAAAAAAAUACUGCUUUACAACUUCAUCGCUUUUGAAAUGACACCUUUCACCUCCAGAAUCAGCUGAAUAUUAGGAUGUAAUUCAGUAUACAGAGCCGCCGUUUCUGUUCCAGGGGAUUUAGGAACACCUCCCUGAAUAGUGUACAUUACGAGGAUUUGUCUGAAGCAAGACCCAUAUCACUUGUGUCCUCGAUCUACUACAAUGAUUGAGGAUUGGAAGAAUAUUCUGGUGGUGAAAGCAUCGUUAUUCUCACCGUUGUAAAGCAUGCCUUAGAAUCCAAAUUGAUACUUUUAACUCACUGGUCACAAGCCAUAUAUAUAUAUAUAUAUAUGGUACAUAUUGAACUUUUGAAUUCUUGAUGAGUAUUGGUGAUGGUGCUGGUUGGUUGGGUGGGGAAUCAUGUUUUGUUUCUUGUUUAGUUUGGAUUUCAGGUAUUAAGUCCAGGUAUUAUGGAGCAGUUAUUUAUCCUCCUACUACAAAUAUUGUGAAACGCUCAUUACCUGGUUCAGCCUUGCUCACAAUGAAUGUGUUCUCUUUGUCUGGUGUUGACCAGUGACCCCCCCCCCCCCCCCCCCCCCAGUGGUGGGGAGGAGCUCUUUGCCCCUUAUGACCUGUUAUAUUGUCCUCUCUGCUCUGUGAUGGGACAUUACUGCGUCUCUGACAUGGGUUAAGUAACUUUUAACCAAGGUUGCCGCUCUGGUUCUUAUACCAUAUCGCGAGGACCGUUUCACUUGUGGCUUGAGUUUGCUUUUUUUUCUCCUUUAUCUUCGUUCUUUUUGACCCACAGUUGUUUAUGUAGUUAGAACAUUAAUGACUUGGGUUAGUUUCCUCCUCCAUAAUGCAGAGCCAUGCAGAGCCCUGCUGCCCUUUGUCUGAGCAGAAGGCUGACUUCUGUAAUUCUGUUCCUCUCCGCAGUUGUACUUCCUCUAUUUAGAAAACAAUCAGGGUACAGCUGUUGAGAAACUCGCCAAACUGAGCCACUGCCCUUUAUUCUGAAAGAGCUGAUUAAUUUGCGUUUUCGUGUCGUCGAAGCGCGAGGCACUCACCCAAGACUCGGCCCCACAAGUGUGACAAUAGGUUCCGAAUGUACAUAGGUAUCCGUUAAAGCCUUUAAAAACGUUUUAUUCUAUUGGCUGUGUGUUGAUGAUGUGAUAUUACUUGAUUCCAAGUAAUACUGUAUUGCAUGUGUCUUUGUGUGUUUUGCCUGUGUGUUUGUGUGAGCCUGUUUUCAGGAUACCAGGUGGUAAUGGUAUCAAAUGUAAUAUGAUAUGAACAGUAAAAUUAAUUACAAUAUUUAUAGCCUUAAACAGAAUGGACAGGUCUAGACAUUUUUUUCUUUCUCUGUUAGAACCUGCUAUAUCAGAUGGUAAGACUACGUUUUGCAUUCAUAAUUCCUCUGUACACUGAGAAUAGUGACCUGUAAAUAGCACUGUCAAGAAAAAUAUAAAGACAUAUUUUUUAAAACUCGAA